AUGGGAAAAUUACGAGUUCGUCAAGCUGAAUUAAUCGACAUCCCAGAGAUAUGUAGAAUGUUCCAGAAUUUGGAUUUCAAGGAAACUAUAAGAACAAUUGAAAAGAGUAUUUCCUGUACAAGAAAUCAUAUUUCAUAUGUUAUGAUGAGUGGCUUGACUGUUGUAGGAGUGGCUAUUUUAGAUACAUUGAAAAUGGUUUUAUCUUAUUCAGUUUUCGAACCACAUUUCCGAUUUUUCGCAAGAGAUAUCAUGCGAUUGUCUGGAGCCAGUGCCUUGAUUUGGUUGACGGGUUACAGAAAUAAAUGGGUGAUGAAGAAAGCCAAUUCAUUAGCGUCAGUGAUGAUUCCAUUGAUGCCUUUAGAGUCAGCCGUAGACUACGUUAUACCAGAUUUAAAUAAGUCAAGUGAUGUAACGAAUAAAACAAUCUCGUUUAGCGCCUGGUUUUUGCCGAAAAAACUGACCAGUGUACCAAUGUUGUACGUAACAACACGUAUAGUAGUCGUGGGUGCUUCAAAAACUGCAAUGUCCUUUCUGAAUUCUUUAUUAUUUAGUGAUUCCUCGUCAUAUCUCUUAUUCACUAACGUCACUUUGGUCUCACCAAACGGUCUGCCAUACACGAAACAAUCGAAGCCAAUAGCCGAAAUGAUGUUCCCGACACAAAACAAUACGACAGAUAAACAUUUGAAAAGCAUACCUUAUACUUAUUAUGUGAAUGUUGUACAUGGAACUUUGGUGGAUAUUGAAAAGAAUACAAAAUACAUUGUAUUGUCAAAUGGUGAUAGAAUUCAUUACGAUUAUUUAUUUCUGAUGUUCGGAAAACAAUUUCAACACCCAAAUUACUUGGAGCCUUUAUUAGAAAAAGAACGUAAUAUUGCUCUCGGCAAGACACCGACAUACAUAAGAAUGGACAAACUAAGUCAUAAUGCUCUCGAAAAUCAAAUAGAUCCAAAUGUCACACCUGAGAACGUGUUCAUUAUCAAUAACACCGUUGAAGCUAAAAGGGCUUUGAAAUACGUACAGGACUCGACUUGGAACUAUAAGACAGUAGUGUACGGUGCGAAAAUCCAGGCUUAUUGUUGUUUGACUGCGUUAUUGGAGUCAAAAGUACCAGCUGAGAAUAUAGUGUUUGUAGAACCGUUUCCGCCUGAAAAUAAUACGAAAACAAGGGUCCCUAUUUUUUGUAACGUUUAUGUCGAUCGAACCGUACAAGAGGUGUUAGAAAAUCUAGGUAUUGACGUUUACAGUGGGUAUUAUUUUGAUAAUUGGGAAAUUGAUUACGAUGAACUGGUCACUCGUGUGGAUUUCAUAUCACAAUAUAAACGGGUGAGAUUAGAUUGUGCUGCUUUCUUCUAUUAUGGAAAGAGAGGAAUUAAUACUCAAGCGUACAUAGCUAUUAAUAAAAGUGGAAUCGUGUAUGAUAACGGGAUUUUAAUAGAUAAUAAAUUUAGAACGAAAGAUCCCAAUAUCUAUGCCGCCGGCCCGGCUACGGCAUAUUGCAGAAAAUACUAUGCUGAAUCUUACAAACAGAAGUAUUAUGACUCUUAUGAGAUAGGAGAAAAGCUGGGAUUUCAAAUUCAAGACGAGUUAGACCCUUUAUUCACCAAGUCCAGUUCUACUCCAAAAUCAGAUAUUCUUUUAAAGCGGGACUCUGUAAUUGAAACUGCAGCAAGACAAUCGGUUUCGUCACACAAAUCUCUAACUUAUGAAGAAAUAUCAGAAAUGCAACUGCCGGUAUUCAAGAAACCGUUAGUGACAUAUUGCCUUCUGCCCGGCGGUCUGCAGUACUUGGAGGUCCGGGCGCCUGGGAAAAAAAUACCUCAUCAUUACGUUCAGACGAUGCAAUUCAAUGGUUUCGUAAUGGAGACUUUCAAAAGUGGCUAUUUUAAGUUGCAUCUAAAUAAUAAUAUGAUUGUGGACGGCAUAACGUGUCUAAGCAGCAAAUCGUAUUCGAUAGAAAAAUUCAAAAACAUAUUUGGUUUAUCUGCUGUUGUUUUGAAUAAUGUUCAUGUGAGGUUCACUACGAAGAAGAUUGACAAUUUCUACGAAUACUUCAGUUCGCCGUGGGCGUACUUUUUGUAUCAUCAACAGACUGACGAGUUAUUCGCUAUGGUCAAAGAACUCUUGCCGAAGGGCCAAAGUAGCGGUGAAACGGUGAUGGAGGCACUAUAUGGUAUGGGACAGAGAAUUUAUGAUGACCAGGAACGAAAAGCAAUUAACGAUAUCCGCACCGAGUUCACAAAAUCCCAUCACAUUGAAGUGAUCACCGAUUACGUCAUAGAAUGGCUUUCGGAGAAUGAAGUAUUACUACCGAUGUACAUACAAACCUCUGAGGUGGUAGACUAUCGGCACGAUAUAGGCAGGAACCCGGCUUUCAAGAAAAAGAAAAGAUCAAUGAAGAAGCUGCUUUCUGCUGUAUUCUAG